UAGCUUUCUGAACUUUGGUCCAUUUCUGCAGAAACGGAUCUCUGACUACCUACGUUUUGUUUUUAUACAAUCUUUGCUUUUUACCGGGGAAUUUGAGUUCUGAAAACCCAUCAACCAACCACAUAUGAAGGCAGAUUAGUGACCUUAACAUGCAUCUUAUGAACACUCUACAAGAAAUCACAGCCGGUUUUACGUUUUUUUGUUGGCAAAGAAAAAACAAAAUUUUUUUCCUUAUGAUGCAGACAUCUUGCACAUUUCGCUCAAAAUCUUUCUAAAUGUGUUUCUGAGGCAGAAUGUGAAGCUGAAGCAGCAGACGUCACUUGUAAAAGGUGUAAUUGAGGAUGGAUUGCAUCAGAGGUCUUCAGUUUCUAACACAAAGGAUUUGCUCAACCAGAUUACACUUUCAUGGGAUUUAAGAACAGUACUGCAUCUGCAGAGGGGCCACUGUUGUUUGGUCCGUGCAUCCGUUUGAACACAUCGUCCUUUUCCCUGGGACCAAAGAAUGAGCUGUUUCCACAGAUUUACACAUCAGCUGCAAAAGCUGAGAAGUUGUUGGUCCAAGCAGACUGAGGAGCCAUUCAUUGAAGAUCAGCAGAGGAAGCAGAGGGGGUUUCCUUUGCUCAGGAAGGUGUUUUACGCCAUGGGUGGGGUCCCCUAUCAGAUGACAACAGCAGCCUUGAAUAUUUCCCUGCAGAUCUUUCUUCUAGAUGUCGUGCAGAUGAAGGCUUCCUAUGUUUCCCUGAUCUUGUUUGUGAGUCACGCGUGGGACGCUGUGACUGACCCCCUGGUGGGAUACCUGGUGAGCCGCAGUAAAUGGACGCCCGUUGGCAAACUCACGCCGUGGCUGCUCAUUUCCACGCCAUUUGGAGUCCUGUCGUACGUGCUCCUGUGGUCUGUGCCAGCGGGCUCCAUGUCUGAGGCUGGCGGCGUGCUGUGGUUCCUCAUCGCCACCUGUCUUUUUGAGAUGUCCAUGAGUUGCUACAACGUUCCUUACCUCUCCCUGAGCAUGUUUCUGGGUGCCCUUAAGAAGGACAGAGACUCUGCCACUGCCUACAGAAUGAGCGUGGAGAUGAUGGCGAUGCUGCUGGCUUCAGUGAUUCAAGGACAAGUUGUGGCCGUGUACAACAAAGAGAGGCAAGAGGCCUGCCAGCUCCUGGACCACAAACCACCCGAAAGCACAUCUGUGCCACAGAGCGCCUCACUUCAGGAAACGCAAAAGGCUUUUCUGACCUCAGCUCUUGUCAUGGGGGCCAUCUUCCUUCUCUGCAGCCUUGUUCUCUUCUUCGGCGUUAGGGAGCAGUGUGACCCUGUCUGCUCUGAGGACAAAAUCCGACCUUCCUAUCUUAGCUCGGUAAAGAUGCUUACACGCCAUGUCCCAUACCAGCGACUUGUUCUCGGCUUUGUCUUUAGUGUUUCAGCCUUUCAGAUGUCUUUGGGUAACUUUGCCCUGUUCUGCAGCCAUGCUGCUGGGCUGGGAGCCCACUUCCAGCUCCUCCUGCUGGUCCUGCUGCUUUCUGCUUCAAUAGCAGUUCCCUUCUGGCAAGUGGUUCUUCUAAAAAUUGGGAAAAAAGCCACACUCUUCAUUGGACUAUCACUCUUCAUCCCUGCUGUGAUCAUAGUUGCCGUCAUCCCCAGUAACCUGCCAGUUUUUAUAAAUAUGUGUGCUCUGAUGGGAUUCAGUGUGGCAACCAUGUUUUUGCUUCCCUGGUCUAUGCUCCCAGAUGUGGUGGACGACUUUGCCUCUAAACACCCCACUUGUAAAGACUUGGAGCCUGUGUUUUUUUCUGGUUAUGCCUUCUGCAGUAAGCUGUCAGGAGGGCUGUCUGCUGGACUCUCCACCAUGACUCUGCAGAUUGCAGGCUACAAAGCAGAGGCGUGUAACCAUGGAGACGGUGUGCUGACAGCUCUAAUUGUACUGUUCUCACCAGUUCCCAUUGCACUUUUGCUGAUAGCGAUGGUGAUAUUUCACACUUAUCCAAUCAGCGAGAAGCAGCGCUCACAGACUGAGGAGGAGCUCCACCCAGAAGUGUCAUCAUCAGAUGCAGGGGAAGACACGGAGCUGCCAACAACCUUCCAUCAAUCUCAAAUCAGUUUCAUAUCAACAUCUCAUUCUGGUCCAGUCUGUGCCAACAUCUGCCAGUCUGCUUCCUCAGCACGCUGUCACAGACAGAAACCAUCUUCUUCCUCGACUGCAUUAAACAGCCUAGCUGGAGGAAGCAGCAGGUCUGUGCCAAAUGUUGAGUCCAAAAUAUAUCCUCAGUGGCAUGAAUGCAAAACUUCAGGUGAAAUUCAACGAGGAAGAAACCUUUCGCCGGAUGACUCUAGAUCUUUAUCUGGCAGGUCACAUGUGCGAUCCAAAGUGUCAUGGGUAUGAGACAAUGUAUGCUGCAAACUAAAACUGUUACUGACACUAGUGAGCUCAUUAAAUUAAGUAUUAAGACUUUACUGAUUGUAUGAAAAUCAAGCAGAAGCAGAAGGUUUUAGUGUGCUUUUGAGUGUAUCGAUAAAUGCUGUGAUGGAUUUGGAGGUUUCUCAGGAAACAUGGGAUUUUCUUUCAAAUAAACAUUUCUUUACUUAUUCUUAAAA